CGCCAGCUUGCGCACUGUGGCCCUCGGGACAGCUGCUGUUCAGGGCUCUACUGCUUGGAAGAUGGCGGAGCGUGCUAUCGCUAGUAACGCUCCAUCCCUGAGGGGUCUGAGGGAACGCAUGGUUGCUGCCGCUCAUGCCAUUGCUCAGGAAAGACGGAAUCAGAGCGGCUUUAGCUCUCUUCCAUUUCAACCCUCGAAUUCAAGAUCAACAUUUAAACCAGUGUUGGACGGAUCUGUUCUUAAAAAUGAUUUAAAACAAAAAUUAGCAAAGGAGCGCAGGGAAGAACAGCGGCGACAACAAGAUGCUAAUAAAGAAAUACAACUACUUGAAAAAGAAAGAAGGUCCAAGAUCCGAUAUGAAAAACAAAUGGAGGAAAAACAACGAAAGCUGCGGGAACAAAAAGAAAAAGAUGAACAGCGGAGAAUAUCCGCAGAAGAAAAAAGAAAACAAAAAUUACGAGAAGAAAGGGAGAAAUUCAAAGCAGCUCUCUCUCGUACAUUGGAGCGGAGCAACCGUGUUGAUCAACGUCAAAAAAGAUGGUCAUGGGAAGGUUCUACAACAGUAAAUUCUGGAAGUAAAACUGUCAAUAAACGAUCUGUAUCUACUGAAAAAAUUGAACAGGAGACUUCUGGUUUGCAAAAACAAACGACUGUGUCAUCUGCAGGUCUUCAAAAUUCUAUAGCCAAAAAAAAAACAGAAAAGAAGAUAAACUCAUCUUUUAGAAGACAUAGGAAACUGCAUUCACCUACAGAGGAAGAGCAAAAGGAAGGAAAAGCAGUUCAGCAGCUGUAUACCGAACUUUGGGAGAAUGAUUUAAUAAUGAGCCUGAUUGUCCCAGCAAAAGCAGCAAUAGCCAGAAGCAAAAGUGCUGCUUCAUUACCAAUCCCUGGAAAAGAUACUCCAGGCAUCAAUGACCCUGUAAUGCGGUAUACAAACAUGCCCUUUCUUAGCCGUAGCAGUGAUGAAUUGAAGAAUGCUAUAGUGUUUUCCAAGUCAACAGGGGCAAUGCCUGCCCAGGAGAAAGUAGAAACACCCCUCAAGGCUAGUGUGGAAGCAUACCCCGAGGUGAGCGUGAAAGCACCCCCCGAGGUGAGUGUGGAAGAAAUUCUUAACAGAGCGGAAGAAAUAUCACCCGAAGGAAGCUUGGAUGCGUCCCUCGGGAGCGUGGAUCCAUCACCCGAGGUGAGCAUGGACUCAUCUCCUGAGGUGAGCAUGGAGUCAUCCCCUAGAAUGAUCAUGGAAAUAUUAUCUGAGACGAGCAUGGACAUAUUCCUCGAGGCUAGCAUGGAAACAAUCCCUGAGGAGAGCACGGAAGCAAUAUCCGAAGAAAGCAAGGAAGUACCCUCUGUGGCAAAUGUGGAAGUGCCCCCCAAGUCAUCCCCUGAGGUGAACGUGGAAACGCCUUCUGAGGUGAAUGUGGAAAGAUCUGAGGUGAACGUGGAAACACCUGAGGUGAACGUGGAAAGACCUGAGGUGAACGUGGAAACGCCUUCUGAGGUGAAUGUCGAAAGAUCUGAGGUGAACGUGGUAACAUCUUCUGAGGUGAAAGUGAGAGACACUCCACAGAAGUCGGAAGUAGACAAACAGACAUCAAACCUUGUUACCAAGAAACGCCUGUCAUCACACAUACCAUGUUAUAAAUGGCCAUCUUCUGCAAAUGGAUGGCGUCCACCCUCUCCCAUCAGUGCUAACAGGCAAAUCCAAAAGAAUCACCCUCCAUCACUCUCACCCACCAUGUCGAAACAAUCAACAGAAUCUUCUUCCUAUAAAAGAACUCGUGUUCAGCGUACCCUAUUUACACAAAGUACAUUAAGUAGUAGUACUAUUGGAAAGAAAAAGGCAGUUUCUAAAAUCACUAACAGCUCUGAGUCUGUGAACCAAAAGCAUAUGACCUAUGAAGAGUCUGGUAAUAAAAGCACACCAGGGACUAUGAAUGCUGAGGAGGCAACAAAAAUUUUGGGAGAAAAACGACGCCUUGCUCGUGAACAAAGACAAAAAGAAGAAAGGCUCCAAAAAGAAAGAGAGCAAAGGAAAGACAAAGAUGUGGCGAAGAAAGUAGUUGAAGGCCAAGAAGAAGAUGAUGGACAACAACAAAAGAAAAUAACAGAGAAGAAAGAACGUCAGGAUCAAAAAGACCAGAAAGUGCUAUUACAGGAAGAGGACGCCACAAUAAAAGCUCAGGAGGAGACUGACAAACGCAAAAAGGAACAUCAGAGAAUUAUGUUACAGAAUUUACAAGAAAUUGAGGAAAUUAUGAAGCGGACAAGAAAGACAGAUUCGAAUGCCUCAAAGGCUGCAGAAACAUCCACCAGUGACAUAUAUGAGGAGAACGAGGCAGAUGAUGAGGACGAGUCAGAAAGUGAUGACGAGGAUUCCUUCGAUGACUUGCACCCAUCAGCCUCUAUAAAUGGCACGGGUACAUCCAAAAAACUCAAGACAAAAUUUAGAAAUGUGAAGAAGAACACCCCCAAGCUGGUGUUUUUAGACGCCAGUUCUAGCCAAAUCCAUAAGGAGACACAAGCAUCUUUUAAAAGUGACAUGAAAAACUUCAGACAGAACGUGAAAGACUCUUUGACUCAGGCCAAGGAUACCAGACCAUCCACCAAAAGAAUGACCAACCGAGCAGCAAAAACCAGAAAGACAAUUGAGACCAGCAACAUCACAGAAUCUUCCAGGACUGUACAUUCAAGGGAACAGGUUUGGAUUUGUGAAAAGAUUCAAGAUACCGCAAGCGAGACCGAAACACUCAUAUCCAAUAUCCUUCCUGAUAGCCCAAAACACCAUCUGAAAAGUUCCACUACAUUCCACCAAAGUCAGCAGACACCUUUAGAGGACAAGAAAAAAAGCAAAUCUGAAUCUUCUCAAUCCGAUAUGUAAAACUUGUGCAGCCUAGAAGAGAAUUUCUCCUCCGCUCUGGGUUUCAACUUCCAGGCCCAUCUCCCUAAAUUUCUCUGCCUCCGACUUAAACCAGACCAAAAAAUGACCAUCAAAAAGUCAUCAUAAUGGAUCUCAGAAGAUGCUUGUAUUAUCUUGAGUCUUGCCCACAAGCAGGAGUUCUGAGUAAAGAGUUUUUUUUCCUGAAAAAAUCUCCAUUAUCUCUCAUUCUUGUGUUUUCCUGCCAUGUGUGUGAGUGUGCAUCAAGGGUGUUUUUAUAAAAUAGUUACCCUUGAGCUUCUAAAACAAUCUCUACUGAAGGAAUAAUUUUUUCUCAAUACAUACUUGAAAUCUUAGUGUUUAUUCUAUUUAACAAAUACAUUAAUUUAGCAAUUAAAAACUCAAAUUUGCUCUUGUAGAGAAUAUAAUGGGUUAUACGAGGAACUGAAGAUUGCUCACAAGAACUUUUUGGGAUCGUUUCUAAUAGACCAGUACUGAAAGUUGCAAAAUAUAGUAAAGCACAUUUUACCAUUAUGUAUGUGUAUUUUUAACUCUACCAUAGUCUGGCAGCUGAGUGCACAAGCACUGAUACCCUGAAAUGCUGGGAGUCCUAGAAAAUGUGAUCUUGGAAUAGUUAGCAUGUUUUGUGCUUUUGUCAGUAUUUCCUUUUGAAGUACAUAUCGGGGUUUAUCUACAAAAAUGUGUUGUUUUUAUUGUGUACAUAAGACAGUAUUUAGCCGUUGUGUGGUAGGGUAUGUUAAAUCCUCUAAAUGUUUACUGCGUGUAAUCUUUUUUUCUGUUUGUGCCCUACAGUCCUGCCUUUCAGUAUACUCUCACUCUUGGGAUAUAGAACCAAAUUUUGCUUACCUUUCUCUAGCCACUGGCUGCGAGUACAGGAGCAGUGUUAUCCUUCAGUCCCUGUGAUAGAUAGACACACAGACAAAAAUACGUAUAUGUGCGCAUGCACACACACGCACGCAUGAUAUAUAUUCCUGUAAUUCAUCGAAUCCUGCUUAAAACCAUUGACUAAAACUUGAAUGCUUACUGUCUUAAUGCUAGUGAGUUUUCUGAUGAGCCACAAAUAGUUUGAAGUAGGCCCAUGUUCAUUUCUAGUCACCAGUGUUGGAUUAGUUAAAUGGAGUGAUUAUUCUUUCUGAUUCCCUAGUUCUUUGCUAUUCAGAGUACUGCACCUUUGUUACAGAUUAGAGCUUGGUGCCUUAGAUUUAAAACUAUUUUUAUAUACUAGUUAUUUUAUACAGAAGGCACAGACAAUCAUCCUAAUGAUAUUUUUGAUGUUUUUCUACACAAAUGUCAUGUGUUGAAAUACUCUGUUACACCUCCAUAUAAAUGUGUGCUCUGUGAAAUAAACUUUUCAGGUAAA